AUGAUGGCGCCUCUCGUCGCGGCAGCCGGAGGGCGAUCGCUCCUCGAGCAAGCGACGAGGCUGGCGGUCACAAUGGCGCAAGGGGCGCGCGGUGGGAUGGGAGGAACGAAGGGGAUGGUUCAACUGGCACGAGAUGCGAAGCCGACACUCGGACGGUUACCCUGCUGUCCUCGUCCUCUUCCCUUGUCGCCGCCCCGGCAGCCUCGCUUUGCCAUGCCUCGACAUCCGCACGUACGCUCGUCGAACGCGUACGCUCGACAUACAGCCGUCGUAGGGUCGACGCUGCUCGUCGUGCUCGGCGGAGGGGCCGUCUUGUCCAAACCGCUACUCAUGCAGGACGAGGACGAUCCAGUCGCGCCGUCUUCUGCACGACCUAGCUUCUCGUCGACUCGAUCAGCUCACAACAAGUGGCUCUCGUCGGCGGGAGGACAUGGAAGUCGGAGACCGAGCGAAGUGAGCGUCUCGACGCAGACGAGCGGCGACACGGCUUUCGAGGAUGCGGACGAAGGGUCGGACAGGGCUUGGGGGUCGCGGACGAGUUCGUGGUCGAACUUGCGGGCAGCGUCGUCGCGACGUGGCUCGAAUGGAAUCGCGGAUGGGCACCCUGGACUUGCCACCAUCUUCGACAACUCGCCCUUCAUCCCGACCGUGCCGUUGGUCGACGACUUGGGUUCGCCUGAGAUCUCGUACGGCUAUGCGCGUGGGAGUCCAGGGCGGGAUCAGGAGCGUGAAGGGUUCGUCCAGGAGGAGCGGGAGCACGAGGAGGACUCGACGGACGAGGACAAGCGCGGUAUGAACCUCUCGCGUCGAUCGCACUUUCGCACGUCCUGGCACGACCGCUUUUCCAAGCUCGCGGAGGACAUUCGAGUCGAACCAGCUCACGACGCCGACCCGCUCGACAUCGACCUCGACUUUCUCAAGUUCGGGUCGUCCGAGCCGUCCUCCUACAUCCCGCCCGCCCGCAUGCCGACCAUCUACGACUUUGCCGAGAUCACCGAAGCACCGAUUACGCGCCAAGUCUCGCCGCCAGACGACUCGCCUCUCGCCGACUCCUCCGCCCGCUCAGGAACACCCUCCCUCUCCCUCACACCGUCCAUCUCAUCCUCGUUUCCUUCGCCAAGCACGCCACACCUCUCGCACGUCUCAUCACUCUCAGACGGCAACCCCGCAUCUCCCGCACCUUCCAGCACUGCGACCCUCUCUCUCCCGCCCGGCGCCGGUACUCGCCGCUCAACUUCUCCCAGCUACCUCGUCCCCGGCCCGCGCCCGCCGCUUGACCGCCAAACGUCAGACGACGUCGUCGCCUCUCGCCGGUUGUCGAGCGGACCCGGCGGGAUGAGCUCUUCAAAAUCGACGAACCGAUUGUCGGCGAUUUUGACGGGCGGGUUGGGUUUUGGGCGCAGUCGGACAAACACCGAUGCUGGCGACGGAGUGCGGCGACGACGAACAGGCUCAGACACCUUGCCGUCGCCUCGUUCCGCACCUCUCUCUUCCGUGCCGUCCUUCUCGUCACUCACUCGAAGCGAGUCGCCGCAGCCUCUUCGCUCGCACUCGCCUUCCCUCCGCCGCGCCUCUCCUCCUCCUCCCGCCGCUCGCCCGCCUCCCUCUACGUUCGCAUACUCCUCUCUCACCCAUUCGCCCGAUUCGAGCCGGACAUGGCGUUCGACGAUGGACAACCGAACGUACUCGCGCCUCCUUGCCUCGUACGGCGAUGUCGAGAUGCGGCGUCAGGAAGUCAUCUGGGAGCUGAGCGAGACGGAGCGCAUGUUUCUCGAGUCGAUCAAGGGCGUCAUGCAGCUCUUCACGGUGCCGCUGAGAAGUCGGAACGGCACGUGGGUCAAAAACGUCCCGCCGCCCGUCUCGCGCCUGCUCGAAUGGCUCGACGAAAUUAUCGUCCUGCAUUCGCAGAUGCUCCGCACCCUCCAGCGCGCGCAGGAACACCAAUCGCCCAUCGUCACCCACCUCGCCGACUCGCUCCUCCCUUUCGUCUCCCGCCUCGAAGCCUACCAACCCUACCUCAUUCGCUUCGAAGUCGUCACCAACUUGAUUGACGAGCUUGCGGCGAACCCGCUCGACCGGUUUGGCGAGUUUGUCAGGCUGCAGAGUGGCAGGCCUGAGUGUGGAGGGUUGUCGCUUGCGAGCUUCUUGCUCAAGCCGGUACAGCGGUUGAUGAAGUACCCGCUCUUUUUCAAGCAAUUCUGCGACCUCACGCCUCGCGACCACCCCGACUUCAGCGCCACCCUCGUCCUCUACCAAUCGACCGACUCGAUGAUUCGCGCACUGGAAGAGGUCAAGGCUCGCGAAGACGAGUACGAGGAGCUCAAGGCGCUCGAGACGCGUCUGCGUGGGCUGCCCGAGGGGUUCAAGCUCGCGAAGCGGGACAGGGAGCUCGUCUUGCAGGGCACGCUGAAGCAGGUGCACGUACCUGAGCGGGACAGGGCGGUGUUGAAGAUGGAUGCGAGGGCGAGGGCCAAGGCGCAGGCUGUGCGGGACCAGCAGGCUCGUCGACCGAAUGGCGCCCCAGGUCCGCGACUUCGCACGUCGCUUCCUCCUCCGCCGCUUCUCACACCUCGCGACGGCUCGAGACCGGUAUCAACUGUAUCUGCCGACUCAAGCUCGAGUUCUGUUUCGGCUGGCUCGUCAUCCGCCGCGACUUGGACGUCAGACACCUCGUCGAACGGGUGGAUUUCGCCGGCGACGCCGGUAUCGAACAAUGGCGUCGAUCGCGGAGGGUGGAAGCGCCGGCCGACCUCGAUGAUCUCGACUGCCUCCUCCGCCUGGAGCGAAGACUGGCGCCCUCCCCCUCCGGCUCUUUCCGACUCACACUCGCACACCGGCACGAUCAAACCUUCCAAGCGCCCCUCCUCGCCGCCUUCCUACUUUCCCCCUCUCACGACGUCCUCAACUCGUCUCCUCAAGACCCGCGCGAAGGAAUCGACGGUUCAAGUCUUCGUCUUCUCUGACGUCGUUAUCCUCGCGACUCCCAAGCGAGACGACUUGUCGAAGAUGCUGAAGGGGUCGAGGACGAGUUUUCGCGAGGGUGCGGACAAGGCGGCGAGUUUCAAGGUGCUGGAGGGUGUUGGCGUGGCGCGCGUGUUGGGCGUGACGGACUUUUCCGGCAAAACGGAGCACGAAAGUCUCGUCGAACUUGACUUGGCGCCGGUCCUCAAGGAUUCUGCGCGACUCGUUCCCGGCUCGACAACUAGCUCCAUCUUCCUCACGCUCCCGGCUACCUUGACCCCCUCGCCGGGGUCUUCCACAUUUCCCACCGCUUCCCGCCCAGGCUCGGCACACGGCACGCCCUCCCCUUCUUCCCCCUCGACCGCCCACCUCGACCGCCAGCGCUGGCUGCGCGCCUUCUCUCUCCCGCUCGACUUUGCACAACAGCAGUCCCUCGCCUCGCCUUUGAACGGCUGUACGACGCCCAUCACGCAAGCCGAGCGACACUUUGCCUCGACUGCCCCGUCGACCUCUCUGCGCGGCCGCGAGGGUGCCGACACCGAGCGCGAGUGGUGGACGCAGCGUCUGCGCAUCGUGAGGAAGGAGAUGGCGGCUGAGGGACGGUUCGUCUCGCCCGAGACGGUCAGCCCUGAGUGGGCUUUGGCGAAGUUGGCCCCGUCGUCGUUGUCGGCGUCGACUCGGGCUGCGACGGGCUUCCAGGCUGGCAGGGUGCCCGAGGCUGGUAGUGCGGAUGGGCAUGGUCUCGGCAUCGACUCGCUGGCGUACUCGUUCGGCAGCGGCGGAGGGAGGAGGAGGACUUAG